ACCAGUUCUGCCCUCAGUAAGCAGCAGAACGCGAGAUGCAGCAAAAGAAGCAGUGGUCGGUUGGCGCGUCCAGUAUCGCGCGCAACACGCACAACCCCAUCCGCGCCAUAGUGGAGAACUUGCGCAUAGAGCCCAACCCAGACAAGCACAUGAUCGCGCUCUCUAUAGGUGAUCCUACAGUAUUCGGCAACUUGUCACCGCCCAACGAAGCGAUCUCAGCGCUCCACGAGAGUGUCGACAGUCAGCGAUACAACGGAUACGCUCCAGCCUCAGGGUACAAAGAAGCAAGGGAAGCAGUUGCCAAGUACUCGUCAUGUUCAGGUCUACAAGUUAGUCCUGAGGAUGUGGUGCUCUGCAGUGGAUGUUCAUGUUCCAUUGAUCUAUGUAUUACCGUGUUGGCAAACCCAGGCCAGACUAUCCUUGUACCCUGUCCAGGCUUCUCUAUUUACCGCACUCUGGCUGAAGGACUGGGUAUCAACGUCAAGACCUACCAACUGCUGCCCGACCAGAAUUGGGAAAUAGACUUGGAUGAUUUGGACCGUCAGAUAGACCGAGACACUGUGGCUAUUGUGAUCAACAACCCCUCCAACCCUUGCGGCUCUGUGUACACGGCAGAACACUUGUCAGCCGUGUUGGAAGUGGCCAAACAUCACAGAGUACCCAUCAUUGCAGAUGAGAUCUACGAACACCUGGUAUUUCCUGGACACAAGUACCACCCGAUGGCUUCUCUCUCCACUGAUGUGCCGAUUCUAUCUUGCAGCGGUCUUACUAAAAGGUUUCUAACUCCAGGCUGGAGAAUGGGAUGGAUUGUCAUCCAUGACCGGAACAAUAUAUUUGGAGAAGAGAUUCGCACAGGACUACAAAACCUGAGCAUGAGGAUAAUAGGAAGUAAUACUCUAGUGCAGGGAGCACUACCUAAGAUCCUCAGCGAUACACCCGAGUCUUUCUUCAAUAACACAAUAAAUACCUUGCAGACAAAUGCCUCAUUAGCUUUUAAAAUGCUCUCGGAAAUUCCUGGUUUGAAGCCAACGAUGCCUCAAGGAGCCAUGUACAUGAUGGUCGGAAUUAACAUGAACCAAUUCCCAACAAUGACAUCAACUCUGGACUUUGUUGAGAAACUGGUGUCGGAGGAGUCUGUGUUCUGUCUACCGGGAGAGUGUUUCGGAUAUCCUGGCUACAUUCGCCUGGUGAUAACAGUACCAGAGCCUGAGAUCCAGGAGGCGUGUCACCGCAUCAGUUUGUUCUGCGAACGUCACUAUAAUGAGGUUCCACAGCCUGUUAACUUGCUACAAACCCAACCUUUCGGCCUCAUGAUCGCAGUCAAUUCCCAAGCUGCCAUCUGAUCUAGCGCUGGUUGUGGAAAUCUUCCCUAGCAUGUCCGAUAAGAAAGCUUUAGUAACGGGUCAAAAUAGCAAAAUAAUUAGUUGUAUUAAUGUUUAGAGGUUUCCCUGAUGUCACCUCUGCCAAGAGAUAAGAUUUCAGUUAAAUGUUUGUUUCUGAAGAAAUAUGAUGGAUGACUUUAUAAAAUACAAUUAAGAGCAGACUGUUUUGUCAACCUAACAAUGUAUUUAUCAUUAAUUUUACUAACAGAAACUUUAUACGUUUGUUCAUAACACAACUUGGUAUCUCAGAUAUUUUUGUGAUAUUAUCUAACAAUUAACAAAAUAUAGUUGUGAACACAACAUAUUUGGCCUAAUUUAUUUGUAUUUACGAGUUGUAAAUUCAUGUGCCAUAUUUUAAUUAGUUUAGAAUUAUAUAAUAAUACAAAUACGGUAUUAUUACCGUGUUUAGUAUUUCAGGUUAUUUGUAAUGCCACAGAUAAGCUGUAAUUAUAACAUUUUUGCCUUUGAAAUGCUUGUGAAAUUAUAUGCAAUUCUAGUAUUAUAUAAGUAGUAUUUGUCCUUGUUUAAAGGGAGAGAUUUUUUCAUUUACGCACACUGAAAUAAAGCUUAUUCAGGAAG